AUGCCAUCAACUGACGUUUUCAAACAACUCAAGUUCUACUUAAAAUCAAUCAUCUUCGGUUCUCUUAUAGCAGGGUGUGCACUUUAUGGGGUAAUUGCAUCAAUUAUAUUAAGAUUAAUUGGCAAAGUUGAAUAUGCUCAAUAUACAGUAGCAAGAGCCUUCUAUAAUACCUUCAAAUUAUUUUUGGGAGUUGAUAUAAAAAUCGAGAAUGAGGAAUAUUUAAAAGAUUUACCCGCAAUAGUUAUCUCAAAUCAUCAGUCAGCAUUAGACAUACAUAUUUUAGGAAGAAUUUUUCAGCCCGGAUAUACAGUUACAAGUAAAAAAUCUUUGAAAUAUGUUCCAUUUUUAGGAUGGUUUAUGGCUCUAAGUGGUACAUUCUUCUUAGAUAGAUCCAAAUCCGCAAAAGCCAAAAAGGUAUUGGAUGGUGCAUUGACUAGUUUGAAAAAGGAAAAAAGAGCAUUAUUUAUGUUUCCUGAGGGAACAAGAUCUGCUGUUGAGUCAUUACAAUUUUUGCCAUUCAAAAAAGGUGCAUUCCAUUUAGCAAAACAAGCCAAAAUUCCAAUAAUUCCUGUGGUUGUGUCAAAUACAUCUACCAUAUUCAAUUCAAAACAAAAGGUAUUCAAUACUGGAGAAAUUUUCAUUGAAGUUUUACCUCCAGUCUCGACUGAAAAUCUAGAAACCAAUGAAGACGUUACUAAAUGCUGUGAAGAUGUAAGAAAAGACAUGUUAAAAGUUUUGAAAAAAAUUGGGUAUGCAAAAGCGCCUGGUGUCAAACCAAAUGAAGAAUAUUACCCAUCAGAGAAUGAAAAUCCAACUGAUACUGAAGUUGAAGUUAUAAGUGAAGACACACCUUUAAUUUCAGGAGAUUGA